CAGCAGCAGCAGAGGCUGGACGCGGCAGCCACUCAGAUUAUGUCCAGAAUAUAAGUGAUUAUCUGUGGAUCAAACAUGUAGAAUGACUUCCUGUCGCUGCUCGUUUUGACGGAUCUCGAUGGGAAAACGUUCUGUGCGUCGUCAUGAUGUUCUGCAGCUCGUCAGACACCCGAUGAGACUUUUGUUGGAUUUACCAGACGAGCAGGAGCAGAUGAUGAGAGUCGAGGGAAGGUUCCAGAUCAUUCUCAACAGCCAGUCGGGGUCAGAAGUCUGAGACCGGGGAUGGACUCUUACGGCUCCUCUCUGAACCGCAGCCAGUCGCUGGCGAGCGGCCUGGAGAAGACGUCGCCCACGUGGAGACCGACCCACUCGCGGAGCAGCAGCACCGUGUCGUCCCGUCACUCCAGACUGAUAAUCAAAGACUGGGAAGUGAUUGACGACCUUCAUGGAGAAGCUCACACAGGAGGUGAGAACCCUCAGGAGGUGUCGACCCCGGGGAUCUGUGAGGGGUAUCUGCUGAAGAGGAGGAAGUGGCCUCUGAAAGGUUGGCACAAGAGAUACUUUGUCCUGGAAGCCGGGAUCCUGCGCUACUCCAAAAAUCAACAAGAUGUCUCCAGGGGGCGGGUCCAGGGCUCUCUGGACGUCAGCCACGCUGUAAUGUCCAUAAAUAAGAAAUCGAACCGUAUUGACUUGGACGCAGGAGACAUCCUCUAUCACAUGAAGGCAAAGAGCCACGAGCUCUUCUACAUCUGGGCGACCAAGCUCCAGGCCCAUCGCCUGUUCAAGAAGAAGGAGGCGGCGGCUCAGGCUCAGGCUCACGGCGGCGUCCUCCACACGUUGUGCCUCAGUGCCACGGCCGGAGGAGCUCAGAGGAACGGAGACAUGGUGAGUACAGUGGUUCAUUCAGCUGCAGCAUCCGGAGCUCUGACCUCACCAAACUCUGCCGUGAACAGCAAGGUGUCGGCCUGGCUGCAGCAGAGCCGCGACCCAGACACCUGCGUUCAAGAACUCAACCGGUGCCACUUGGACCUGUCGGAGCUGAACCGCCUGAUCCAGAGGCUGCAGGCGCUGGAGGCCGGCCAGGCGUUCAGCAACGGAGAGCUGCAGAGGAUCAUCAGCACACAGAAUCUUUCCCUGGAGAAGCCGAAGAAGCCGAAGUCGGGGAAGAUAUGGGGCCACUCCCGCACGCUGUCCAGAGUGGAGGUCCUGGGAAUGCUGUCCUCCAGUCACCUGGGCAGCUCACCUCAGCUCGGGGCAUCGGUCCCCUCCAUCCCAGAAUACGUCUACUCUCAGCUGUCCCCCCCCACCGUCGCGUCGCCCGAGGGAAGGAAGAUCCAGCAGGACAUCUGCGCCACGUCCCUCCGAGUGUUCACAUCCCUGAAGUCGGUUCACGAGACUCUGUCCCAGGAGAGACAGAAAGUACAAGAAGUCUGGGAAUCGAACAUCGGCCGAUCGAACGCGUCAGCCGAGCCUGCAGGAGGGAGGCGCUCCUCCCACGGACCUCCUUCGGUGGCGGACUCGGCCGCCGAGUACUUUGACGCCAGCGAUGACGUCAUCUGUGGUGGUUCCUCUGCGGGGUCGGAGGAAUCCGGACUCAGUGACGGGAGCACGACCAACUCGGAGCCGGAGGAGGGACACGCGUCGGCCACCAGAAAGUACCGAGCCAGCAUUUCAAAGAGUCCAAACAGCGUCGCUCCCAAGAGCAGCGGAGGUCGAACCAAGCUUCCUGCUCACUGUCCGGACAACAGCCACGUGGGCCUCAUGGCCAUUCUCUACAACAACAUAGGGAAGGACCUGGCCCGGGUGUCCAUGCCGGCUGCUCUCAAUGAGCCGGUGAACCUGCUGCAGCGGCUGUGUGAGGAGCUGGAGUACAGUGAGCUGCUGGACAAAGCCAACAACACGCCGGACCCCUACCAGAGGAUGGUUUACAUCGCUGCCUUUGCUAUCUCCGGUUACGCCACUGCGACGUUCAGGAACCAUUACAAACCAUUCAACCCGGUGCUGGGAGAGACCUACGAGUGCAUCAGAGAGGACCGCGGCUUCCGGGCCAUCUGCGAGCAGGUCUGUCACCACCCGCCCAUCUCCGCCUGCCACGCAGACUCAGACAACUUCUCUUUUUGGCAAGACCAGCGAUGGAAGAAUAAAUUCUGGGGGAAGUCUCUGGAGAUUCUGCCGACCGGCAUGGUGAACGUGACUCUUCCAAGAUACGGGGACCACUACGAGUGGAACAAGGUCGUGACCUGCAUCCACAACGUCCUGAGUCAGCAGCGUUACAUGGAGCACUACGGGGAGGUCACCAUCCAGAACCUCAAGAGCAACGUGUGCACCUGCAAGAUCACGUUCAUCAAGUCUCGUUAUUGGGGCUCGGACACGAAUAAGAACGAGGUGCAGGGCACGGUGCUGGACCAGAGCGGCAGCGUCAUCCACCGGUUCGGAGGUCUGUGGCACGAGGGCAUCGUCUGCGACACGCUGCCGACCGCAAAAUGUGUCUGGAAGCCAAAUCCUCAGCCGAAGGAUCACCAGCUCUACUACGGCUUCUCCAGCUUCGCCAUGGAGCUGAACGAGCUCCAUCCGGACCUGAGGCCCCGGCUGCCUCCCACUGACAGCCGCCUGCGCCCGGACCAGAGGCUGCUGGAGGAGGGACGUGUGGACGAGGCGGACAGAAAGAAAGACGAGAUCGAGGAGUUCCAGAGGACCUGGAGGAAAGAGCUCGGUCAGAAGGGGGAGGAGCAAGUCCCACGAUUUUUCAAGAAAGCCAAAGAUUCCUGUGGACGGGACGUGUGGUUGUCCAACAGAACUUACUGGAAGCUCCGGGAGAAUCCAGGUUUUGCUAAAACUCAAAACUUGACUCUGUGGUGACGGCAUCAACACAAUAAGAGACACAAGUGAAGACACACAACUCUGAUCUGGAGUCUGCAGCAGCAUAUAUGAUCCGCUCAGACUGGAGACGGUGCUGCUGAGCUACUGGUUUCUGAACGUAACCAUGACCGGCUCAUGGGAACCUUCCAGUCCAGUUACCCAGAGUUCAAACCAUUACAGAUGUGUAGGAGGAACUUUCUUAUUUACAUUCAUUUUGUAAUGCAUUUUAUUUAUUUAGAUUAACCUCAGUCAGCUUAUAUAUAUAUGUUUAUAUAUUAUAUAUAUAUGUGUGUUUAUACUUUUAUUGCUGAAGAAAGAAAAACAGACUUGAAAUGAAAAUUAUUUGAAAAGAAAACUAUUUUAAGAGAGUUUCAUUUUGUUUGUCAGGUUAGUGAGACGCCGGUUUUCUGUUAGUGUAACGUAC